AUGGCGCCACCAGUAUUGCAGACGCCCCUGUCCCAGCUGCUGGGCAUCCAGUACCCCAUCAUCCUAGCCGGCAUGGCGAGAACCUCUGGAGGCCCUCUCGCAGCCGCAGUGUCUAACGCUGGUGGUCUUGGUGUCAUUGGCGGUCUGGGCUACACGCCUGCCCAGCUCCAGUCAAUCAUCGACGAACUCAAGUCCAACCUUGAUGACCAGAAUCUCCCCUUUGGUGUCGAUCUUGCCCUGCCUCAGGUAGGCGGCAGCGCGCGCAAGACGAACCACGACUACACGCAUGGCCAGCUGGACGAGCUUAUCGAGGUGACCAUCAAGAACGGAGCAAAGCUGUUUGUGAGCGCGGUGGGUGUGCCUCCUGCGCGCACCAUCAAGAGGCUCCAUGAGGCGGGCAUCCUGAUUAUGAACAUGGUCGGGCACCCCAAGCACGCGAAAAAGGCGCUGGACGCUGGCGUGGACAUUGUAUGCGCCCAGGGCGGAGAGGGCGGUGGCCACACGGGCGACAUUGCAAACAGCAUCCUGAUACCGGCUGUGGUGGACGUUGCGCGCAAGUACAAGAGCCCGUUGACAGGCGAGCCGGCCAUGGUGGUGGCUGCAGGAGGCAUCUACAACGGCCGCAGUCUAGCCAGCAGUCUGAUGCAAGGCGCGCAGGGCGUAUGGGUGGGCACGCGCUUUGUCGCCUCAACCGAGGCAGGCUGCUCCAAGAUGCACAAGGAGAAUGUUGUCACGGCCGACUUCACAGACACUGGUCGCACACUGGUUGUCAGCGGCCGCCCUCUGCGGGUGCGGUAUAACGACUACAUCAAGGAAUGGCAUCAGAGGGAGGACGAGAUCAAGAAGCUGACCGAGGCGGGCAUUGUGCCCAUUACCAAGGACAUGGACGACGGCAAGGACGUGGACAUUCCGUUCCUGAUGGGGCAGGUCGCGGGCGUGAUUGACGACAUCAAGCCCGCAAAGCAGAUUGUCGACGACAUGGUGCAAGAGGCAGUCGAGAUGCUGAAAUUGGGCCAGACGUACAUAGGCGCGGCGGGUGUGAGGAGCAAGCUGUAG